GCGCUCUCAGGUCCGAAUGUUGUGAAUAAAAUGCGCCGUUUAUUACACCCCGGCGGCGCGGGCGGUUCUUAAAGGGCCAGAGACCUGGGGUCGUAGGCAUCUCCUUUACCUUGCCCAGCUCUGUUGGCAACCCAGAGAAGGUUGGAGCUUUCUGCAAGCAUUGAGGAAAACAAAGAAGCAACCGGAAACAGCCGUGGGGGGCGCGGGCACAGGGCCCAGAGCCGGCGCCCAGGAACAAGGAAAAAAGGAAUGCUUAUGUAGGGUGCAAUUGCACCCAGAGAAGCGGAGCAGACAGAUCCCAAAGAACCAGUGUGGAACUGUGUUUGGAGUGUGAGAUCCAGCAUCACCUUUUGCCUUGUGAACAUCCCCAAUGCGACCAUGGGAACUGGCAGUGAAUAGGCGGCCUCCUGUCCCAUUUGACCAGCAACGAUUCCCAGGGGAGAGCUGUGGCAGUCCAGCAUACCUCAGGAGAAGCCCUCCUUUCUGGCACCACUGGGGCCGACGUGAGCAACCUCUACAAACUCUCCUAGCCCAGGAUGAGAACUACUUGCACCCGGCUUUUUUCCAGCAGCAGCAGCCACAGCUACAAGUCUCUGUAGAUGAGCACCCAGCGUAUGUUCUGGCCACCACGCCACCACGAAUGCUUCACCCAGCGGCACACACAUCCCACCAGCAUCCAUUCAUGGUGGAUCUCCAUGAGCAGGUGCAUCAGGGGGCGGUCCCUCUCUCCUACACGGUGACCACAGUAACAACACAAGGCUUCCCCAUUCACACUGGCCAGCACAUCCCUGGUUGCAGUGCGCAGCAGCUCCCAGCAUGCUCAGUGAUGUUCAGCGGACAGCACUAUCCACUCUGCUGCCUCCCACCCCCUCUGAUCCAGGCCUGUGCCAUGCAGCAACUCCAUGUCUCUUAUCAAACAUUCCCACCACUCAUUUCCAGUGAUCAUUAUAUCCUGCACCCUCCACCACCUGUGCCACCACACCAGCCUCCACAUAUGGCAGCCCUCGGCCAGUUUGUCCCACUCCAGCCACAGCAUCCUCGCAUGCCACUUCAGAGGAUAGAAAAUGAGGUGGAGCUUCGGGGUGAACAGCACUCAAUGGGAGGCUUCUCGUAUUCUCCUUCCCACCAUACUCCUGCCUUGUCCCCCUCUGUACCAUUGUAUCUUCCACACACACAUGACCCACUUCACCAAGAACUGCCGUUUGGAGUGCCAUAUCCACAUAUGAUGCCCCGGCGGCUGAAUUCCCAGCGCUACAGAUUGCAGCAACCACUGCCUCCCCCACCACCUCCUCCACCUCCAUACUACCCAAGCUUCCUGCCAUACUUCCUUUCAAUGCUUCCUGUAUCACCAACAGCUGUGGGGCCCACAAUCAGUUUGGACUUGGAUGUGGAUGAUGUAGAGAUGGAAAACUAUGAGGCAUUACUGAAUUUAGCUGAAAGACUAGGGGAAGCCAAGCCACGGGGACUCACCAAAGCAGAUAUUGAGCACCUUCCAUCCUACCGCUUCAACCCAGAGAGCCAUCAGUCCGAGCAAACCUUGUGUGUGGUGUGCUUCAGUGACUUUGAAAUCAGGCAGCUGCUGCGAGUUCUGCCCUGCAACCACGAGUUCCAUGCUAAGUGCAUUGACAAAUGGUUAAAGGCAAACCGCACAUGCCCCAUCUGCCGAGCAGAUGCUUCAGAAGUGCAUCGGGAGGCCGAAUGAGGUUCAUCAAUGCACUGCUGCACAAAUUUACUCCAGGAUACGGACCUUGGACCAGAGGCAUGGGCCAGCCUGUAUGCUUAGCCUCUGAGGCCUCUCCUGGGAUGCGGUGAGAACAUAAGCAAUGUAUGACACUCCCUCCCCCUCACCCCAUGGCAUGGACUGGGCCUGGUGGUUGAGCCAGCUCUGCGGUGUCAUGCUUUGUAGGGGGAGGUAUCCCCACCUGCUCUGCACUCCAAAGACUCUCCAUCCUUGCACCAUUAUUUUCCAGGUGUUUGCAUUCCUUCUUGGUUUGGGGUUUUCCUUUCCUAUUUGGUUUUGUGGCUGUGUGACCCAGAUUUUUAUCCAAAUUCAUUCCUUUCUGGCAGAGCCAGAUUUGGGGGCCUUGAAAGCAGAACAGCUCCAGGGGAGAGGGGAAGAAGUGCCUGCUUCAACCCCACCACCUGCUUGCCUAGAGUACAGUGUUGCAAGGUAGUCAGUAGCGGGGAGGACGUUGGUUGCAACACUGAUGUAAGCCACUUGAGGCCUUGCCAAAAACAUCUGUGGCUGUCUCCACACAAAUCACAGCCCAGGACCACCCUGUGUUUUUCCCUACACAUGCACAGAAUUGUCCCACCAGCAUCUCGGACUCUCCCUUCCCUUGCAUGCCUGCAGUCUUGGGUGGAGUUCAGGGUUGUUCUCACAAGUUGCACAGUGAGGUAAAGAAAAAUGGGCCUAAACUAAGUCCAGCAAUAUUCUGCUGCAAGGCAGUUUUGGGGGAAAGACCCAUUUCCCCCCAGGAAGCUCAGAGGAGAGGAGGAGUAUACAAGUGAAAAUCCCUGCAAUAAAACAGCCGGCUCUGUUUAUUACAUACUUAAUGAGAUGGAGGCUUGUGGCUUGUGUUCUGAGACAUAGAAUCAUGUAAUAAUUGAUAUGUCUUCCUUUUAUUUUCCCUUUGCACACUCAGACCCCAGGUAAUUGUCCUAGAACCCUUAUUUGGGUUCCUAUUCAUUCUUGGAACCCAUCUCCAGAAACCAUCUCUCCUCCCUCCAGUUUUGAGUAUCCCCAGGAGACUGCUUGCAUGUGCUCUCCCCUCAUGUAGGGGAGGGAGAGAUGCUCAGCAGACUGAGGCAGAAGCCUUCAGCCACCCCUUCAUCAGUUCUCUGUCCUGACUCCAGGCUAAGCCCUGAGAGUUGUUGGGCAGCUGCAGAGCGCUCAGUGGUAGGAUCCUGGGCAGAGAGCAGAUGGGAAUUAUUUAUCUUACUGUUUACCCUUGCACUAGCUGUCAUGGAGAAGGCCUUUCUGGUGAUCACUCCUCCCUCCAUGAGGCUGUAUGCAGUGCUGCAUCAGCUUUCGAAGGACCAGGCAUGACUUUUCAUCCUACCUUUUUCUCUCACCCUUUCAGUUUUUUCCCCUCAACAACCCCCUCCCUUUCCCUUUUACAUUUGGCCUACUGAUGCUCAUCUUGAUGAGUUUUUCUGUAUGGCCUGAUGCUUGCGUGCUUGGUCAGGAACCAUGGGCAAUUUGGCCAUGACAAGCUGUGUGCCUUCCUGUGUCUGCACACACACACACACCUACCUAAAGUACCUGCUGAUUUGAAGCAAGAAAGCAACCAACCUGCUGCCCUGUUACAGAAACCUGUUAUCAUAAAAAUAAUUUAAAAAGUUGUUUUGCAUGAUUAUACCAUGGAAUAAGAGAGAAGCCCUCGCCGUUUAGUUGGUUUGUGUCUGAAGCCUGGAAGAAUCAGAGAAGACGAUAAAAAUCUAAUGUAAAUGUUCACAAAUUAUGCAUGCAUGUUAUGACCAGCUUGGAACUUGGUAUUGGCUAUCUCUCUAGCCAGCUGUGGGGUGAUGGGGUGGGUGGGAAUGAGGGGGUUCUUUGUGCUCAGCUGAUUACUGCCAUGCACUGUACUGCACAUGUCCGCAAUGCCUCACAAGGACCGUUAACGCUUUUCAGGGCAUUUCUCCCCUCCCUCCCCUCCAAAUUAGAGAUUGGUUUGAAACCAGGUUGGUUUAGGAGGCAGCAUGAUUUUAGUAGAGAGCCAGUUAGCUGUAGUGGUUAAUGCAUGAGGCUAGAAACCAGAAGACCAUGAGUUCUAGUCCUGCCUUGGGUGCAAAGCCAGCUGGGUGAUCUUGGGCCAGUCCCUCUCUCUGAACCCCAGGAAGGAGGCCAUGGCAAACCACUUCUGAAAUCUUGCCAAGAAAACUGCAGGGACUUGUCAGGUAGUCGCCAGGAGUCAACACUGACUCGAAGGUGCACACCCACACAUGGUUUUAGUAUACUUAAUUUGAGGUAGGGUUGCAGGGUGGUAGAGGCAGAACUCCUGUGCAUUAAUAGCGGCCUUGGAAGGAGGACUCUGGCAGGAUCACUUUCUCCUUCAUGGUGCUGCAGAAGUAGGAGAAAAGGGGCCUGCUGACCAUUCCUUCCUCCUCCUCCUCCUCCCUGCCUGCCUGCCUUGUCUGGUUUGUCUUGUCCUGUGUCAACUAGUAAUGCUCCAGGGCAAGUCUGGCAGUGUGUGGCUCUUAGUCAGAAUCUGGUCUCUGCCUACCCACGGUGGUGGAGUUUGUGCUUUCCUUCAGUUUGAUUGGCAGCUUCUGCCCUCCUUCGGUGACACACCUCCAAGUGGCAGACUCAGACUGAUAGUUAAAUCUCAGCUCUUUCCCCUUCAAAAUGGGUGGCAGCAGAUAGGAGCACGGAUUGCAAGGGAGCCUAAGGCUGGGCCCUGCUCCCCAAGGCCAGGAUGCAUUCCCUGAGCCUUUCUGGAGAAGUGGGCCGUUUUCCUUGUGCUCUGACAUCCAACUGUUCUUGGCAAGGUGGCCUGAUGAAUUUAUGGAACAGCUAAGCAGGGCUCCACUCAGGGCCCAUGAAGGAGUAGUUACGAAUGGAUUAGGCAGUGUGAUAUCCCCCAAGUCUAAGAGAGCUUGACCAGCCAAGAGGAGGGAAGGGCUGGUAAUGGGAAGAGCAGAUUCUGUGUCCACUUUUUCCUGUGGAGUGCUCUGAACUUGGAUGGUGACUGGGGGGAAGUGGCUCUGGUGCAGUGUAGUCGUCAGUGUUUUUCUGAACAUGCCAGCUCUCAGCAAUAUUUACGUCUAAAGCAGGGGAGAAUCUUUGGGGUGAGGCUGGGGCCAGCUGGCCUUUUGCCACCGGUGCUGAUAGUCUGGUGAGGUCAGCUUCUUCCCCAGCAGUUACUGAGAUUCUUGACCCAGGUGAGGUGAGGCAAUCCUCAGAGUGUGAGGAGGAGGAGGAGAGGGAGGCUUGCAAAGUUCAUUCUGGCCUCUUCUGUCAUAAGCGACAAUAAUAGUGCUUAAUAAUAAAGGUCCUCAAACCUUUAGUUCCUGCAAAGACACAACAAGGCAGGAUGGAUAGACUGGCAGCCCUUUAUCUGAGAGAAGCAGCCGGCCUGCAGAUUGAUCAGCAAAUUAGAAGCUCUGGGCAGGUCCCAGCUUACUUUCUUGAAUAAUCAAUUGUUUCUGUUUGCCAAGAUGAAGAUCAAUGCUACUUUUUAGGAGUCUUUCUCCUCCUCCUCCACUCACCCCGCUUGUGUUUGGGGGAUGUGAGUUACCGGCAUCUGCCCUUGGAUAACUCCAAAUAAUGAAUUUCCUCCUUCCCCUCCUCCUCCUCAGAGGGGGAGACUAGCUGCAGUGUGACAUUGGAGC